CCACUCUACCCAUUGUCUCCUCUUCCUCUUCCAGAGCUGGUUCACUUCCUAUAGGGACUGAAAACCAAGUGAGGAGAUGAAGGAUUGCAUUGUACUACACCAGAGAGGGUGCGCAGCACUGAUAGAUCCAAACCAUCAACCAAGGAACAACUGCACAACGACAUGAACGAGAAACCAGUUGAGUAUGAGGAACAUGACCAGGUUUGCACACAGACAUCAACAGUCAUGAAUCACCAACAUAUUCAAGGAGAUGAGAAACUAUUCAGGUGUGAGUUGUGUGAAAAGGCAUUCUCGAAAUCGUGGAACCUCCACAGGCACCGACGCACACACACUGGAGAGAAACCCUUCACGUGUGAGGUCUGUGACCAAUCCUUUGCACAGUUGUCAACCCUUCGCACACACCGCCGCAUUCACACAGGGGAGAGACCAUUCAAUUGCAACGUGUGUAACAAAUCAUUCUCACAUUCAUCCACUCUCCGUGAACACCAACGCAUUCACACAGGAGAGAAACCAUUUAAAUGUGAUGUGUGCAACAAAUCAUUCUUGGACUCAUCAUCACUCCGUGUACAUCAACGUGUUCACACUGGAGAGAAACCAUUCGCAUGUGAGGUGUGUGAUAAAUCAUUUGCACAGUUAUCGACACUACGUGCACACCAACGUAUUCACACUGGGGAGAAACCAGUCAAGUGUGAGGUGUGUGAUAAAUCCUUUUCACAGUUAGGGAGUCUCCUGGUCCAUCAGAAGAUCCACACGGGGGAGAAACCCUUCAAGUGUGAGGUUUGUGGUAAAGCUUUUGUGAGAUCUUCAAGCCUCCUGAUACACCAGAUGAUUCACACUGGAGAGAAACCCUUCCAAUGUGGAGCUUGUGAAAUGUCUUUCAUCCAGUCCUCUGAUCUCCUGAGGCACCAGAGGAUUCACACAGGAGAGAAACCCUUCAAAUGUGACCUCUGUGACCGAGCCUUCAGACAGUUAUCGACCCUUGUGGAUCACCGGCGUAUUCACACAGGGGAGAAACAGUUCCCAUGUGAGGUGUGUGACAAAUCUUUCUCGAGGUCCUCGUACCUCCUGCGACAUCAGAGGAUUCACACAGGGGAAAAACCAUUUAAGUGUGAGCUUUGCAAUAAGUGCUUUGCCCAGUCAUCGGGCCUGAGUUAUCACCGGCAUGUUCAUACUGGAGAGAAACCAUUCACAUGUGAAAUGUGUAAUAAGUCAUUUCCAUCAUCGUCGACUCUCCGGCGACACCAACGCAUUCACACAGGGGAGAAACCUUUCUCAUGUGGGAUGUGUAACAAAUCAUUCUCAAGAUCAUCACACUUAAGCACACACCAGCGCAUUCACACAGGAGAGAAACCAUUCAUUUGUGAGGUGUGUGACAAAUCGUUCUCUCAGUUAGGGAUCCUGCAGACACACCAACGCAUUCACACAGGGAAGAAACCAUUCACCUGUAUGGAGUGUGACAAAUCAUUCUCAGUGUCAUCACACCUCCGUGUACACCAACGUAUUCACACAGGGGAGAGACCGUUCACAUGUAAGGAGUGUGACAAAUCAUUUUCACAAUUAUCGCACCUCAGCAUGCAUCAACGGACUCACACGGGGGAGAAACCAUUCAAGUGUGAGGUAUGUGACAAAUUGUUCUCGCUGUCGUCAUCUCUCCGUACACACCAACGCAUUCACACCAAGGAGAAGCCCUUCAAAUGUGAGAUGUGUGCAAAAUCAUUCUCAGAAGCAGGGAACCUCCGCAUGCACAAACGUAUCCACACAGGGGAGAAACCUUUCAAAUGUGAGGUGUGUGACAAGGCAUUCUCACAGUCAUCGAGACUCCUGCGGCAUCAGAGGAUCCAUACAGGGGAAAAACCAUUUGUAUGCGAGGAAUGUGACAAAUCAUUCUCCGACUUAGCAGGUCUUCGCGUACACCGACGCAUUCACACCAGUGAGAAACCAUUCACUUGUGAGGUAUGUGAGAAAUCAUUCUCGCAGUCAUCACACCUCCGUAAACAUGAACGCAUUCACACUGGAGAGAAACCUUCCAAGUGUGAGGUGUGUGACAAAUCAUUCUCAGACUUAGCGGCCCUCCACGUACACAGACGCAUUCACACAGGCGAGAAGCCAUUCACAUGUGAGGUGUGUGAUAAAUCAUUCUCUCAGUCAUCGAGUCUCAAUGUACACCAACGCAUUCACACAGGGGAGAAACCGUUCAAGUGUGACAUGUGUGACAAAUCAUUCCGGGUUUCAUCAAAACUUCUGCGCCAUCUAAGGAUCCACACAGGAGAUUAACCAUGCACUCUCUUGUGGUUUGUGAUAAAGGAAUUAUGACAUGUUUAAGCCCCCCAAGUCACCACUGGAUUCACCCCGAUUAGAAAUUGUUCCUGGUACCUCAAUGCAUUCACACUGGAAAGAAACACUAUCCAUAUAUAUUCAACACUGAUACCUUCACACAGUUGUGAGAAGUCUCAGAACAUCAACAAAUUGAAAACAUGUGUCUCUGCACCCAGUCUCACUGUGCAGGGUGUUCAGUGGGACUGGGACACAGAACAAGAAGCAGCUUUCACUCCCAUCAAACAACUAGUGAUGACAUCACCAGUGCUGAGGGAUGAUGAUGUAACAAUGGAGUCACCCUGCAGUGUGAUGUCAGUGAAACAGGACUUGGAGUAACCCCCAGGCAGUGAGGACAGCCCGCUGUGUUUGUAUCCAGAGGGUUAACAUAAACUGAACACUGUACACAGAUUGAGAAGGAGAGACUAGACAUUGUCUUUACUUGCAAGCCUUUCAACCCAUCCCUGUUUGGAGAGAAAGAGUGAUGGUCAAGUCUGACCUCAAGUUUCUUCAACUCUUGUCUGCUCCAAAGCAUUUGCAAGUGAUGUUACUUCAUUUGCAGAGAUAUGACUUUGGACUAUGUAGCUGAACACCUUCAAGAUUAUCUGUGCAAUUCAAGGCAUACCCAAUCUCUGACUGUGAAAUAUGAGAUCUAUCUGGAAAAUAUCUGUAAAAUAACUUGCAAAUUAUAUUGCAGAAUGUUUUUCCUUUUGUUAUGAGAAGAGGGGAUAUUUUGAUAAAUUCCUUUACGCA